UGCCUGGCGUCCAAAGCACCUUCCUGGCCAUGGACACGGAGGAAGGGGUAGAAGUGGUGUGGAACGAGCUCCACUUCGGAGACAGGAAGGCCUUUGCAGCACAUGAGGAGAAGAUCCAGACUGUGUUUGAGCAGCUGGCACUGGUAGACCACCCCAACAUCGUCAAGUUGCACAAGUACUGGCUGGAUGCAUCAGAAGCCUGUGCGCGGGUCAUCUUCAUCACAGAGUAUGUGUCAUCGGGCAGCCUCAAGCAGUUUCUCAAAAAGACCAAGAAGAACCACAAGGCCAUGAACGCCCGGGUAUGGGGAGUGGGCUGGGACUGUGUGGGGACGGGGCUGGAACUGUGUGGGGACAGGAUGGUGUUUUGGGGUGGUCUUGGGGACAGGGAUGGUGCAGGGUCCCUGGGCAGCCUCGGGGCAGGGGCUGGGUGAGGGCGCUGGACGGGCUCCACAGGCCCAGCUGCCUCUCCUGCGCCCACCCGACGGAGUCGUGCGUCCGCCGCCAGGCCUGGAAGCGCUGGUGCACACAGAUCCUGUCAGCGCUCAGCUUUCUGCACGCCUGUAGCCCCCCCAUCAUCCAUGGGAACCUGACCAGCGAUACCAUCUUCAUCCAGCACAACGGCCUCAUCAAGAUCGGCUCUGUGUGGCACCGUAUCUUCUCCAAUGCACUUCCAGAUGAUCUCCGAAGCCCCAUACGCGCUGAGCGAGAGGAACUGCGGAACCUGCACUUCUUCCCACCAGAGUAUGGUGAGGUGGCUGAUGGGACUGCUGUGGACAUCUUCUCCUUUGGGAUGUGUGCACUAGAGAUGGCUGUGCUGGAGAUCCAGUCCAACGGGGACACCCGGGUCACAGAGGAGGCCAUUGCUCGUGCCAGGCACUCGCUGAAUGACCCCAACAUGCGGGAGUUCAUCCUUUGCUGCCUGGCCCGGGACCCUGCCCGUCGGCCCUCUGCCCACAGCCUCCUCUUCCACCGCGUGCUCUUCGAGGUGCACUCACUGAAGCUGCUGGCAGCCCACUGCUUCAUCCAGCACCAAUACCUCAUGCCUGAGAACGUGGUAGAGGAGAAAACCAAGGCCAUGGACCUGCACGCAGUCUUGGCAGAGCUUCCCCGGCCCCACCGGCCCCCACUGCAGUGGCGGUACUCUGAGGUCUCCUUCUUGGAGUUGGACAAAUUCCUGGAGGAUGUCAGGAACGGGAUCUACCCAUUGAUGAACUUUGCAGCUGCUCGGCCCCUGGGACUGCCCCGUGUGCUAGCCCCACCCCCUGAGGAGGCCCAAAAGGCCAAGACCCCAACACCAGAACCCUUUGACUCUGAGACCAGAAAGGUGAUCCAGAUGCAGUGUAACCUGGAGAGAAGUGAGGACAAGGCACGCUGGCAUCUUACUCUGCUUCUGGUGCUGGAGGACAGGCUACACCGGCAGCUGACCUAUGACCUGCUCCCAAGACGACCGGACAAAGCUGGCCACCUUCCUGGAGAGCACCUUCCUGAAGUACCGAGGGGCCCAAGCCUGACCCCCCCAUCAACCCCAGGGGACCAACCUGGCACAGCCAGGCUCAGGGUGGUCUCCUGGGGAAGAGCCCAGCAUAGCAUUGCCGAAUUGCCCUCUACUUUGUACCUGGGAGCUGAUGAACAGAGAUCCUGCCAGUGAGGAACCUCCUGCCUCCUGCAGAGUGAGGCUGACCCUACCUUCAGGCAGAGGGCACCCUGGGGUGGGGCCUAUCAGGGGGUGAGGGAGCCUGGGGUAGGGCUGGGGGGAGUGUUUAGGCCCCACAUAUUGUCCUUAAUGUCAGGAUUGCCCUGCCUACUCUGGCUUCCACAACUCAGCACCCUUUUCUUAUCCUCCAUUCUCCUAGCCAUAAGUCCUUCCCCAGGCUGCCCAGCCAGGGCCACUGAGUCCCUGCAGGGAGCCACAGUGCAGGGGUAGGGGAGUGGGGGGGGUGGGGGACUGGGGGCCAGUCCUGGACAGACCUCUGCCCAGGGAAUUACUCCAUCUGGUCUGGGAGAGCAUCGUGGUUGGCAGGCAUGUAGACCCACAUGAGGAGCCUGGACCUCAAGCCAGCGGUGGAGCACCUGCCGGUGUCAGGCGUGGCCCUGUAACCUAUCAGGAGAAACAGACGGUAGAGGCCCUGGAGUUGAUGCUGGCAUCAGCCAAGCCCCUGGGCCCACACAGGCCAGCCCCAGAACCCCUUCUCUGGCCCUCCUUUUGCUCUGAGACCAGGACUUGUGGCCCCCUCUGCAGACACUCUUCUCGUCCCUGCAGCUCCUCCAAUGGGUUGUUUUCUCUCCUGCAUUCCCUGGCCUGGACGGGUCAGGAAUCAGCAUCCUGUCUGCUCCCCAAACUCUCAUCCCUUUGAUUUACCUCCUGCACCUCCUUACUGGGGUAGUUGCUUCCUGGGGUCCUGAGGAUGUCAGCUUCUGCCUCCCUGUUUCCUUCCCACUCCACUCCUGUCUCAAUCUUAGACAUUUCAACACCUUGUGGAUUCUGCCCCCACCUCUCUAGCUUCUUAGUUUUUGGACUGCCUCUCCUUCAAUUUCAAAUUUAAACAGUUUUAAACAUUUAAAAUUGUAUGUAUAAAUUUAGUGCAUUCAGGUUUCUCUUUAAGCAUUUCAAAUGUCAAACCAGGAAAGUUCACCACCAUAUGAAUUCUGCCUAUAUUGCCGCUGUAAAAUUUACCACAAACUUAGUGGCUUAAAGCAACACAAACUUAUAAUCCUGUAGGUUAGAAGUCUGAUACAGAUCUCACUAGACUAAAAUCAAGGUUGGGAGGUUGUAUUCCUUCCUGGAGGUUCUGGGGGAGAAUCCAUUUCCUGCUCAUUCAUAUCCUUGCAGUGGUAGGGCCAAGGCCCCCAUUUUCUUUGCUGGCUGUAAACUGAGGUUGGUUCCAACUUGUAGAUGAUGCCCACUUUCCUUGGCUCUUGGCCCCUUUUUCCAUCUUCAAAGCCAGCAAGAACGGGCUGAGUCUGUGCCACAAAACAGCUCUCUGCAGCCAGGAAAGUCUCCUUAAGGAUUCAUGAGAUUAGGUUGGGCCCUCCCUCUCUCAAGAUUUUUAAUAUUAAUCACACCUACAAAAUACCUUUUGCCAUGUAAACUAACAUUCACUGGUUCUGGGAAUUAAGGAAUAGACCUCUUAUGGGGGGUGGAGAGGGGGAGUGGCAUUCUGCCUAUCCUACCACCCUAACCAAAAGACAAAAAACAAGUUACUAAGGCAUAUCAAAUAAAUGUAUACAUAUAGUGGAUCUCAAGUUAUCGUAAACAUUCCAAUGCUAUUUACAAAAUUAUCCAGAUUCCCACAGCUUUCAACUUAAAAUUACAAAUCUAAAAUAAUUUGCACAUUAUAGAUAGAAAUCUGAUGCUAAGCUGUCUGAUUAUGCAUGAUUUUAAACAAUUUGAGUGGCAAAUACAUUACAAUGUACCAGUGAUUAAACUGAACUUAAAAACAUCAAUAGUAUCAUUACUGCACUUAA